ACUCUCACGCUCUCACCCAGUCACACCUGCCUCCUUGCGGCUCACAUUGCAGCGCGGCAGCCUCUCUUGAAUCUCGAUGGUGGAAGAUUUGAGCAAGCCAAGCUCAUCCAAGCUCGCUCGCUCACUCUUGUUCUCUGUCUCAUCUCUCUUGGAAAUAGUUAUGCACAGAAAGGCAUCUGGUGUUUCCUGAUUUGGCAUUAAAUGGCUUCAAUCAUGCCUUUAGCAAAGACAUCGAAGUGUUCUCAAGUGUUCUUCAGUUGGCUUGGUGGCUUCCUGGUUUCUCUGCUCAUGCUAGUUACCCAUCUUCUUGGUGGACUUGAAGGAGCUCCUGUUAUACUUCUCAUUAAUCUAGAUUUAGAGCAGAGUUGGUGUAAAUAUCCUACCUAUGAGCUGAACUGCAUUGCAUCCUUGCAUAAUUACCAAGCAGUUGUGAAUUAGUCAUCUGCUCUAAUGUCAAGUGAUCUUGUUUCUCAGCAGUUCCCAGAUAGGCAAUUGGUUCACAUGGAUCAAGUCCCUGAUAAACAAGAAUCGUCUGUAUCAGGAAUGCAGAUGGCUGGAAAUAUGCCAAAUAAUAUACUGCAUGAGUUUCCUGUAUCAAAUGGGCCAAUGAACCCAGUGGAGUCUGUCCCAGGUAGUGGUAAUAGGUUUGGCAACUCUUUGGUUUCUGUACACCAGUUUGGCCAAAUGGAAUACAGAACAGGUGUUCAAUCAAGCUCAUUGCUUCCUGGUUCUGCUUCUCAUCAGUUUGUGUUGUCAAACCAGCAGGGCGUGAUUAGAAAUAUGCCAACUAAUAUUGAUGUACAGAAACUAUCUGUACCUAGCAAGCGGAAGGCUGAGGCAGAACCUUUGCUUCAUGGUUCUCCUCAGCAGUCAUCAUUACCAAAUAAGCGUGCUACUGAUGCUGGUUCUUUUUCUCAGUUUUCUAGCCGGCUGCAGCAUUCUUUGCAGAAUAAGAAGACUGAACAGGUGCAACCCAAGGUCAGCCCCACAGCUUCACAAGCUCUUCCUGCAUCAAGUAGGAAAAUUGUGCGAAAUGAAUCUCUUUCAAAUAGAACUGGACCCCAACGGGCACAGGCCCCAAAAGGGCGGGCAAUACAAGUUGACCCAAUCCUCAAAAAUCAAACGGUAUCGUUCAAUGCUGUGAGGUCAAAAAUGAGGGAAUCACUUGCUGGUGCACUGGCUUUGGCAUGCAAGAGAAAAGUAGCUACAAGUCCGGCGAAGGAUGAGAAUGAAGAUAACAUUGCUCAACAACUACCAGCAGAUUCUCAGACCUUAGAAGGCAACCUGAGCAGCAAUGGUGCUUGCAGUCGAGCACUCCAGAAGCCCAAUGAUGCUGUUCCAACUACUGAAUCCCUUACUUCUGGUAAACCUGGUGAUGCAGAAGAAUUUUCAAUUGGAUUUCCUGCAAAUGAGGCCAUGCAAGUAUCUGGCCCAGGCUUUAAUGGAAUUCAGUGCAGCACUGAGUUGGCUGUGGAGGAUAUACCAUUCAGUGAUAAUUUCUUUGUCAAAGAUGAACUCUUGCAGGGAAAUGGUCUCAGUUGGGUUAUGGAUCUUGAAAUGGAGGCCAGGGAAAUGAAUGAAGUUAAUGAUGCUGCAAAACCCAAGUUAGCUAAUGAAGAUGAAAAUGAAGGUUCCGACUACCAAACAAAAGAAUCUCCUGAAGAUCUGGCUUUUAAAAUUGAGGCAGAACUUUUUAAAUUAUUUGGAGGUGUAAAUAAGAAAUACAAGGAGAAGGGUAGAUCUCUUCUCUUUAAUUUAAAAGAUCCUAAUAAUCCAGAACUUAGAGAGAGAGUAAUGUCUGGUGAGAUUCUUCCUGAAAGGUUAUGUUCAAUGACUGCAGAGGAACUUGCUUCAAAAGAACUGUCAGAGUGGAGGAUGGCGAAAGCUGAGGAGCUUGCUCAAAUGGUAGUUUUACCUGAUAAUGAUGCUGACAUGAGGAGGUUGGUUAAGAAAACACACAAAGGUGAAUAUCAAGUAGAGUUUGAAAGGGAUGAUAAGGUUGAUAAUAUUGCUGCAGAGAUUUCUGCUGGUGCAACAUCAAUCACUCAAUUUCAGCGAAAACCCAAGGUGGCAAAGGCAAAAGCUGCAUCUGAGGCUGUAGAGAGAGAAAGUUCUGCUGACAAAAAUAGUGCAGAAAAGCAGGAUUUAUCAGACAGCUUGGUUAUUCCUGCUGAGGGGACCGAUUUAAUGCAAGGAAUGAUGGUAGAUGAGUUCAAGGAAGCAGAGUUCCUUCCUCCAAUUGUUACCCUAGAUGAAUUUAUGGAGUCCCUCAAUUCUGAACCUCCAUUUGAGAACCUGCCUGUAGAUUCAAGUCAGUCAACGCCUCUGAGUGACAAGGAAGGAACAGUAACUGGUAUUAAAGCUAGAGCUACUGAUUCAACUUCAAAAGGCCCUUCUAAUGCUUCUGAAGGUAAGCCUGGUGAAGCGAUCAAAAAACAAGCUGAGCCAGUCAACAAAGAAGUUGAGCCAGAGGCAGUUCAUAAAUCCAUUUCAAAUGUUACUGCAAAAAAAGCAUCUCCAACUGGGAAUGCAUCUUUAGUUGGGUCUAUUUGGGAAGGGGCACUUCAACUAACUAUUUCAACCUCAGUCACAGUUCUUUGUUACUUUAGAAGUGGUGAAACAACAUCAAUGAAGGAGUGGCCCAAUUCUCUUGAAGUUAAGGGUAGAGUUCGCAUCGAUGCUUUUGAAAAAUUCCUUCAGGAGCUCCCAAUGUCACGAAGUCGUGCAGUCAUGGUCACCCAGUUUGUAUUAAAGGACAAGUCAUCCGAGGAUGAGCGGAACAGUCUUUCUGAGGCUGUGGAGUCUUAUGUUUCGGACAACAGGUUGGGAUUUGCAGAGCCGGGUCCGGGAGUGGAGCUGUAUCUGUGUCCACCCAAUGGUCGUGUAUUGGAUAUGCUAAUCAAGCACCUCUCCAAGGACAGGUCGGAGCUGCAUGAUUCUACUACAGAUAAUGCUCUAAUUGGCGUUGUUGUAUGGAGAAAACAUCAUAUAAGUUCCACAAUUUCACCCAACUCCACACAACACCAUAAACACACCACCUUCAAAAAACAACAAUCCAUGUCUAGUAGGAGACCACAAGAAAAAGAUAACAACGUUAAUUUCUUGCCAAAAGGGUCUUCUUCUGCGCCUGCCCAAUUGCCUCCUCACGAUGAUGGCGGUGAGGAUGACGACGAUGAUAUCCCACCUGGGUUUGGCCCAUCUAAAGGCUCUCGUGACGACGAUGAUUUGCCUGAGUUUAAUUUUGCUGGUAACAUGAAUGCAUCAUCUAUGUCUAGAUAUCCCCAGCCCCAGCCCCGUCCCCAGACUGUUUCAUCGUCUGCUCCUGCAGCAGAUCAAAUGAGACAACUUGUACAGAAGUAUGGUCAAACUGGUAAUAAUACAGUGCCUGGUGGUUUUGGAAUUGAACCCUGGAAUGAUGAUGAUGACGACGACGACAUACCCGAGUGGCGGCCGCAAGCUCCGCUCCCACCACCGCCUAAUCUUCGACCACCAGGUGGCCACGCCCAAGGCUUCCAUCACCAUCCUCCCCAUUUAAGAAUGCAAACCCCUCACCAUCAUCUCCCAAAUAUAGCACCACCUCCAAAUGCGUCACCAAGAUGGCCUCCACCUUCUGGCAACUUUGGAAACCAGCAACCAGGUGGCCAGUACUAUGGCUCGCCUACGUUGCGACCUGGACAGCCGCCCGGCACAGAUUACAGAAGAGAUAGCUCAAGGAGGAGUAGGGGUUUUUGAAUCUUUAUCUUAUAAAUGAUGUAAAAAUUAAUGUUCUUUUAUCCCCCUAGUUGUUAGUUUAGAUAGUAGAUGUUAGAGUUUCAGUUAUCAGUAGUUUAUUAGCCUUUCAAGUUCAGAGCAACCAACAAAUCUUGUUAAAUACUCUAUCGGCUGCCUGUUUCAGUUAGUUGAACGUUACGACUAGAUUUACCGAACAACCACAAUAAUUAUUGUCUAGUCGUGUCGUUGACAUUCGUGUUUAAUGUUGGGUGUUAGUCCUCAAGUCAACUCACCUUUGCUUUAUAUACUCAUGUUUUCUGAAA